CAGAGGGAAGAUUUUUUGACCUUAGAAGUUCAUCCGGACGGUGACUUUGUGCGUGUCUUCAACAAUUCAGAGUUCAAAGUGAGUUCAAGCAGAACAGUUAUUUUCCGCAGUUUUGUCACUUUUAUUCAGUAUUUAUUUUAAAGAAUCGGAAGAAAGAGGUGUUCUUUUUUUACUUGAACUCCUCAUGGUGAGAAAGAGAAAUAUAAUUGCUUAAGCUACAUAAAAGGUGUUUAUAAUUACUCACUAGCGCCAACCUUCUAGAGUAAAGUACACAAGAAGCUAGUCUUGUCUUCUAACCAUCCCUUACGGAUUUUUAUGAGAAUAGUUUAUGUAGGUCUCUGGAACUAGAACCGAUUGUUUCACGUAAGAGUUUUAUUCUUUCAUAUCUUGGUUUUUACAGUCUAUAAUUAAUCUAAUGGUAAAGAUGAUGAUAAUGAUAAUAACGUUCAAUUAAAAGCGAAUACAGUCGAAACUCCAUUUGCGACCAUCUCUCAUAUGAGCGACCACCUCAAUCCCAUAAGCGCCCACUUCUCCGAAACACAAAAAUUUUCCGAGUCAAAGCCUUAAUUUGCCACAGGAAUACUGCGACUUCCUUUAUUUGCAUUAGAGUUUAUCAGCUUUCGAUCAAUCAUAUUACGUAUUUCCGACGACAUCCCGCUUCUCAUCAUGUGACAUGUAUUUUUAAUUAUUUCGUUACAGGAUGAAGAGAUUGGUGGAUUUAUUAUUCGACAGAAUGUAGCUGGCAGGCCUGUUAGUUUGUUCCGUUUUCCUCCGGAAACUCUUCUCAAGACUCAAACCUAUACAACGGUAAAGAUCGAUACAAAAUUAAAUUUUUGACAGCCUGUCCUUUGCACGCCUCCAGUAUAAUAUUAAAUUUUGUUAGCCUGGUAAAUGGAGCGACAAUCGAAUAAGCGUCCGAGGCGCAUGGUUUUUCAAAACUUGACAGCCAUUCUCACUGCCAUAUGAUAUAUGGCAAGUAAGGCUUUUUAUUUCUGUGAUGCAAACUUCUUCUCGAUCGUCUACUACUUCUCUACUAUCCCUGCGCUUUUCAGCAUCGUUAUCUUUACUUGUCUCUUCUUUAGUACACAAACAAAAAGAAGGCAUUUUCUCUUGACCAGUGAUGUAAAUUGUGUGAGACAAGAGAGUGUUUUUGUUUUUCCUAUAGGUAUGGUCCGCGUCAAGCUUAUCAAAUCACAAUCCACCAUCAGAAUUGGUGAACAGAGGUCACCAUCAGUGGAGGACUGGACCAAAAUGUACCACAAUCCUUUGCAAGCCAAAUGGACAGGUGAGGCAGGCAUUUGUUAGUAAAUGAGAUAAAACAACUGAAUCUCACCUACAGAAGAGUUAAGACCGAACUAUUGAUCCACCAAACUAGGAAAUCAAGCAAGGUACUCACGGUAUUUUCUAGAAAAAAAAAAUUCUUUUUUUCAAUACACUCUAACGUAGUUUUGUUAAUAUUUAUUAUAAUUUUGGAAUCCUUUUCACAGCCCGUGUCAUGGACCAAAGUUGUUUGUCCAAGAGACAAAGAAGGGAAACGGCUCUCUAAUCCUCCAGCUGACGCCGCUUAUUAUUCGCACAGAAGUAAGACUAGCAGCUUUGAUGGCAUGACUGAAACGCGGGUUUGGCGACCAUGA